UCUGGAAGGGUACAAUGGAACCAUCUUUGCCUAUGGGCAGACAUCCAGUGGAAAGACUUUCACCAUGGAGGGUGUUAUGGGUAAUGCUCAGUAUAUGGGUAUCAUCCCUCGUAUUGUGCAAGAUAUCUUCAACCAUAUUUACCAGAUGGAUGAGAGCCUGGAGUUCCAUAUAAAGGUGUCCUAUUUUGAGAUCUACAUGGACAGAAUUCGAGAUCUUUUAGAUGUGUCGAAAACCAAUCUUUCUGUUCAUGAGGAUAAGAACCGGGUUCCUUUCGUGAAGGGUGCAUCAGAGAGGUUUGUUUCCAGCCCUGAAGAGGUUAUGGAUGUCAUAGAAGAGGGCAAAUCUAACAGACAUAUUGCAGUAACAAAUAUGAAUGAACACAGCUCUCGUAGUCAUAGCAUCUUUCUAAUCCAAGUCAAACAGGAGAAUAUGGAGACCAAGAAGAAACUCAGUGGCAAGCUAUACCUAGUAGAUUUAGCUGGUAGUGAGAAGGUUAGUAAGACUGGAGCAGAAGGAACCGUUUUAGAUGAAGCCAAGAAUAUCAACAAAUCACUUUCAGCGCUAGGAAACGUUAUAUCAGCAUUAGCAGAGGGAAAGAAAUCUCACAUCCCAUACCGUGACAGUAAGAUGACCCGUAUCCUCCAGGAAUCCCUUGGAGGUAACGCUAGGACCACCAUCGUCAUCUGCUGCUCUCCGUCCUCAUUCAACGAAUCAGAAUCAAAGUCUACUCUUAUGUUUGGACAAAGAGCCAAGACCAUCAAGAACACUGUAACAGUGAACAUUGAGCUUACUGCCGAGGAAUGGAGGAAUAGGUAUGAGAAGGAGAAGGAGAAGAACGGAAGACUCAAAGCACAGAUUCUUAUCCUGGAGAAUGAGCUGCAGAGAUGGAGAGGAGGUGAGAGUGUUCCAGUGAAUGAACAAGGAAAUAAGAAUAAUGAGAUCUUGAAAGAAAUAAUGAUGCCCAAACAAACGACGGUUCAAGUCUCAGAAGAAGAGAAGAACAAGUGGGAAGAAGAGAGAGUCAAACUCUUCGAGCAGCUUGAUGAGAAGGAUAGCGAAAUCGACAACCAAUCCAGGCUUACUGAGAAACUGAAGGAUCAGAUGUUGGAGCAGGAGGAGCUGCUAUCCUCGAUGCAGAGAGACUAUGAGCUCCUUCAGGGUCAGAUGGGCCGUCUGGAGGCCGAGAAUGCCGCUGCCAAGGAGGAGGCUAAAGAAGUCCUUCAGGCACUUGAAGAGAUGGCUGUGAAUUAUGACGAGAAGUCCAAGGAAGUUGAAGAUAAGAACAGGAUGAACGAAACACUCAGCGAGGAGGUCAAUGAGAAAAUUACUGCUCUGCACACAACCAGCACGGAGCUCCAGAAGCUGCAGGAGCUGGAGCAGCAUCAGCGUCGCCGCAUCACAGAAAUGAUGGCCAGUCUCCUCAAGGAUCUAGGAGAGAUCGGAACAGCACUUGGAGGAAACGCUGCUGACAUGAAGCCCAAUGUUGAGAACAUCGAGAAGGUGGAUGAGGAAUUCACCAUGGCCCGUCUUUUUGUCAGCAAGAUGAAGACCGAAGUUAAGACCAUGUCUCAGCGAUGCAGACAACUAGAGAUGAGCAACGUCGAGCACGAGGCUAAGAUCCGCACCUCUGAGGAUGAGCUUGGCUCGUGCAGGAUGACCAUCCAACAGCAUGAGGCUAAGAUGAAGUCCCUGUCCGAGAACAUCCGGGAGGGCGAAGGCAAGAAGAGACAUCUUGAGGAUAACCUUGACAUGCUGAAUGAAGAGGUCGCAAAGCUGAGAGCAGCAGAGGAAAUGCGUCUCGUGGAUCAGGAAGACAAGAAACGUGAACAGGAAGACAAAAUUCAGUCUGCUACCGAGAUGCAGGUUUCGAUGAUGGAGCAGAUGGAAUCGCAUCGUGAAGCUCAUCAGAGGCAGCUAGCCAACCUCCGAACUGAGAUCAAUGAGAAGGAACACCAGAUGGAGGAACUCAAGGAUAUUAAUCAGCGACUGACCCUUCAACACGAAAAGCUUCAGCUGGAUUAUGAAAAGCUCAAGAUUGAAGAAGCUGAGAAGGCUGCCAAGCUUAGGGAACUCAGCCAACAGUUCGACCGACGUGAACAAGCCAAGCAAGACCUCAAGGGUCUGGAAGAGACAGUAGCCAAGGAGCUUCAGACGCUACACAACCUACGCAAGUUGUUUGUGCAGGAUCUGCAGAAUAGGGUGAAGAAGGCUCUAGAGGGCGGUGAUCGCGACGAUGACGCAGGAGGAAGCCAGGCUCAGAAGCAGAAGAUCUCUUUCCUGGAGAACAACCUUGAACAACUCACCAAGGUUCACAAACAGUUGGUGCGAGACAACGCCGACCUGCGAUGCGAGUUGCCCAAGCUUGAGAAGCGUCUCCGAGCCACAUCAGAGCGUGUCAAAGCCCUGGAGAUGUCUCUCAAGGAGACUAAAGAGGGCGCCAUGCGUGAUCGCAAGAGGUAUCAGCAAGAAGUCGACAGAAUCCGAGAGGCUGUCAGACAGAGGAACUUUGCUAAGAGGGGUAACAGUGCUCAGAUUGCCAAGGCAAUCCGAGCUGGUCAUCCGCCCACGUCUCCUGGGGGACCUGCGGGCAUCAGGGGUGGUGGAGGAUACUCCGGUAUCAGAGGAGGAGGAGGAUCUCCCGUCAUCAGGGCCCCCUCUCAAGGCAGCCCCGACCCCAUCGCACAGAACAACAGCUUUGAGAAGUCAUUGAAUCCCAAUGAUGCAGAGAACAUGGAGAAGAAGGCCAACAAACGCUUGCCCAAACUGCCACCAGGUGGUAACAAAUUAACUGAUUCCGACAUCGCUGCCAUGAAAGCAAGAAGCAAGGCAAGAAGUAACACACCUGGGAAAGCCCCUUUAACAACUAGCGGAGAGCAAGGGAGCUAAUGCGUGAGCCCCAGAUGUUCAUCGGAAGCGAUACACGUAGAGUAAGAUUCCACUCAAAACAUCAUGUGCAACUGUUUUACCUAGGUAGUCGUAAUACGAAUCAAAGUAUUUAUGCAUUGUACAUUGUAAACAAAUGAAUGUGAUGCUUGUAAUGUAUGGAACUCGGUUGUGUUUACACGUUGUCUCAUUCACACAAUUCUCAUUGCAAUUCUGUAUACAUAACCUACUCAAAAUAUGUACCGGUAUUUACUUUGACAGAUAUUGUAUUGGGUCUAUCGUAGUGCUAUGAGACGGUACUGUGUUGUGUUAACACAUUCUGCAUUUGACUUAGAAAUAAUGAUUAAGUAUUUGAAAUUGUGUUCACAUGCUUUGCGUUCACACUAGACUCGUAGUGCGCUUAGAUAAAGGUUACUCAGACUUGUGUAAAUCCAGUCAUACAUGUACGUUCACACUUGGUUCAUUGUACAUUAACCCUAUUAAAGAUACUCACUCCAAGUUGUGUCCAGACAUUUCUUUAUCUCACACGUGAUAAGUGCAGUAAUGCAGAUCAUAUGGUACUCAGAUUCAUGUUCACACUGAAUAUUUCAUCAAUAAUUGUCUGAUGAUUAAUAAAUGUGUUCAGAUUCAGGUGUAGGGGGUUUAAAUUGCAGUUGGAAUAUUAAAAAUAUGUCAUAUUUUUCAUUAAAGGAAAUAUAUUAAUACAGGUAUGAUAUUGAAUUAAAUAUGUUCACAGAGUUGUAGUCUUGUGUUUGGCUACCAUUUGAUUACAUGUAUGUUUGCUUUAUAUGGUAGCUUUCAAACCAUCAAGGCAAAUAGCAAACGUAAAAACGAAUUGAGGUAUACAAGUACUGUAUAGUAGGUAAAGCUAUCACAAUGUAAUUAAUUUUCAAAAUCAAAUUUUGAUUGGCAAAUGAUUGAUUGUAGUGAGUUGUAUGUAUUGUAGUGCAAUAAAGUCGACCAUUGCUAUAUGAUA